AUGACCACCGCAUCCGCCGAACUUUCUCCGGCCUCCGGUACCAACGGUACCUUCGACCCGUCAGCCGUCAAACCUCCAUUUUUCGACAUCAAUGGCAAGAAACCUAUACAUUAUGGCGUGUUGCUCUUUCCUGGAUUCCAAGCGCUCGAUGUCUUUGGUCCUCUUGAUGUUUUCAACUCGCUGUCCAUGCUAUACCACUUCCCCACCAAGUUGACUAUGCUCGCCGCAAACAGCUCUCCAGUAGAGACUUCGCAUCAAAGAGCUGGCAACCAGAUGUUCUCGCAUCCCGAGACGAAUGUUUCUCAGAGCUUGAUGGUAGAUCGCACAUUCCAAGAGCAGCUCGACAUUCAACAGGCUGGUGCGUUUGCGGACGCGCGGGGUGGCGCCAUCGACGUUCUCAUCGUACCCGGUGGUGUCGGUACGCGCAACGACAUGGACGCCGAAAUUGAGUUUGUAAGGGAAAUAUACCCUAAUCUGAAAGCUCUCUUAUGCGUAUGCACCGGGGCCACCAUCUUGGCUCGCGCUGGUGUUUUGGAUGGCCGGCGUGCGACGACGAACAAGCGCGCUUACACAUGGGCGACAAGUACAGGACCCAACGUGAAAUGGGUUGCAGAGGCACGAUGGGUUGUAGAUGGAAAUAUUGUCACGGGAUCUGGUAUCAGCGCGGGUAUAGAUGCGACAUACGCCUUCGUGGGACUGAAUUAUGGUACAACUCAGCUGCCUAAAUCGGGCAUUGUAUUUCACUUCGCUAUUGUUGUGAUAUGGAGCAGUACUACGUAUAUGUUCCAACUAUUCACUGAGACGACAUACAGUUUCCGAUUCUUCUCCUUCUCUUCAGGUUAUUCUGACCCAGCCCUGUUAUUCUCCAUUUCAACCUUUCUACAAAUGUAUUCGAUACAGCGGCGCCGGCAGCGAAAACUCAUGUCGAACGGGAUACUGAGUAAUCUCGAACCGCUUCUUCUAGUCAUACGAGAAGAGCUUGGCCUCGACUGGUGUUUCUACGAGGAGUUCCUAAAUUGCGUCCGAACAGCGACGUUGAAGGGCGAGGACACUUCGGUUUGGGUACAUCACAUCGAACCACUGGUACAAAAACCAACCCUACAAUUCGCGCAUCAAGGCGUGCUCUUCCUAUUCCGUGAGAUGGGUGCGGCGCUACGAAGCAAAUCUCCUCCUUCCACCAACAUGUUAUCUCCAUCACCCCUUCCCAGCGGCCAACCUCAGCUACCCGCGUCUCCCACAUCCAAUGUACAGCGCAACUGCACAGGUGGCCACGCGCCUAUAGCUUCCCCACCGUCUGCUGUCAACACGCGACCUCCACCAUCACCAUCACCCGCAAAUCAACUACAACGCUAUCGUGCCCUCGAUCAAGCGCCCGUGGCGUCGCUGUGCUUCGACCGCCGCGGACCGCCUGCAUCCCCCCCUACCAGCGUUUCCAGGCCUUCUGCACCGCCAAUGGCAUCCUUCAGCUUUGACUACUCGAAACCGCUCAAGCAACUGCCAGUCUCAGCCAACUUCUCGCUUCCUUCCGCAGACAGCGUCGCCUUCUCGGGUGAGGAACGCCGCAUCACAGUCGAGCCUCUUAAGUCCGCGUACUCUGGUGGGUUCGUUCUCCACCAGGAUCCUGCAUUCAGGCAGGACGUUCAAGAGUUCUUCGGCCAUAAACACCCUGUGGGUAAGUCAGACACCAAGUACCACAGUCAGAAGGAUGUGCCACCGGUUUACAAGGCUGCAGAUGACGAUCUCGCGGUUUGGAGGGCAGACGGGGGAGCUGGAAACGUGGGCAACGACAGUGGUGGAGAGGGUUAUGUGGAGGACAGGAUGAAGAGUUUGGAAGACAGGAGCCGAGGAAACUUGUUGGAUCGGUUGCGUUACAAGCUUUUCAACGAGUAA